GUAUAUCGCUGCCAAAUGCGUGUGGAAAUUCGAACAAGAGUGACCUGUAUGAAUACUCACUUUCUUUACCUUCAUCGAAUUUCUCUGGUCGCAGUUGGGUUAUGGCCUUACCAUCGAACAAUGCUUGUUCAACUUCAGUCCUGUAUGGUUUCUCUUACUAUGAUUAGCUCUAUUAUAUUUCAGCUUACAACAUUUCUAACUACAGAAUGGACUAUUGACCUUAUCAUUGAAAUUCUUUCUAUAUCACUUUUUCUUCUUUUGUGCAUAAUUCAAUAUAAUUGUUUUUGGCAUAACACGCAUGGUGUGAAACAUAUAUUGGAAAACCUUCAGUAUGUCUGUAGCGAGUUAAAAGACGAAAACGAAAUUGCUAUAAUAAAAAAAUAUGGACACAUUGCAAAAUGUUUUGCAAUUGUAUUCACAUUGUUGACGAUUUGCGGUUUAUUCAUCUUAACUCUUUUGCCAUUUUUGCCGCGGAUUUUCAGCAUCUUUUCGCUUGUAAAUGAAUCCAAGUCAUAUUGCAAUAUAUAUAUCAGAACUGAAUAUUUUGUUGAUCAAGAAAAAUAUUUUUAUUUUAUUUUGCUGCAUCUGUACGUAGCGCAGUACAUAACAGGAGGUAUAUUAUUAGGAGCAGCAAUAUUGUUGGCAGGAUAUAUUACAUAUUUUUGUGGAUUAUUUAAUAUUGCCAGUUAUCGUAUCGAACAGGCAAUGCAGAUAAUAAAUUGUGACGAAAUAUGUAAUUGGAAGAACAAGAUGGAGAUCGACAAGAAAUUAAGUCAUGCAGUGGACAUUCAUCGCACAGCUCUUGAGUAUGUUCUAUUCCAUGCAUGCAGGCACAUACGCACGUUUACUGAAUUCUAUCUAUAUAACUUCGAGAGAACAUAUUUUCUUAUAAUAGCGAUUAUUGUAAUUUGUUUGAGCCUUCAUCUGUUUGGAAUUUUUCAAGCCUUUUCUUUAUAUAGGAUGGAAGUUUUAGUAUUACACUGUGGUUUUACAGCUUGCACUUUAGCAAGUUCAUUAGCAGUCAACUACAUGGGUCAAGCAAUUACAGAUCACUAUAAUUAUAUAUUUUCAACCGCAUAUAACGUUCGAUGGUACAUUGCACCUGUACGCGUGCAAAGAUUAAUAUUGUUUCUUUUGCAAACCGGCGCUAAGGCAUAUGACAUCAAACUCGGUGGUUUUUGUACACUAUCUUUAGAAAACUUUGCCUCGCUAUCAACUGCAUCAAUAUCAUAUUUUACUGUUAUUUAUUCUAUACACAAGUGAUAUUAAUAUGAAUCGGCUAAUAGUAUGUUAAGAUCAAAUGGUAAACUCGAAGAUAAGUAACUUUCCGUUCUUAAAAGCUUCAUUUUUAAAUAAUUGGUGCCUCAUUUUCAGAAAAUGAAUGAAGGGAAUGAAACAUCUUCAUUAUUUUUAAAUUUUAUUGCUCUUUAUGCACAUCAAGAUAAACACAAAAACUAAAACUGAUUUAAUUUAUAUCUAGUAGUCACCGAUAAUAAAUUUUCUUCUAUUCACACUACUUUGCUAGUAAUAUCAAUUGGUACUAUAAUUAAAUUUUAUAAAAUUGUAGUGUCAUACUACAAGAAACGGAGAGAAUGUUGCUGUAAAUUAGAUGUCAUGCACAAAUAUAUACAGGGAAUAUAUACUGUGGAAUAUA